AUGUCCAACCGUAGUUCAUAUGUAUCGUCCAUUAAGGCCGAUGGACCUCCUAGGCAGCUCCUCAAGAAGCGUCGCGCCGUUUAUUCUGAAUCUCACGAAGAAUCUGUAUCAGGCGACAAGCGGCCACCUCCUAAGAAGCGACGCAAAAUUAUCGUAGAGGUUGUGGUGUCUCCUCCCCCGUCGCUAUCUCCUCAGCAGAUUCCUCAGCAGAUUACUCGGAUAGGUCCGCCUAGGCAUAUCAAGUCCGUCUCUCAACGGCCACCCCGUCAACAAAUCACCCGGGUUGGCCCUCCAAAGAACGCCAAACCUGCCCAGCCACCAUCCCAGCAAAUCUUCCGCAUUGGGCCCCCUAAAGGUGCCAAGUCUGAUAAGCGGCCUCCUUCUGAAGACCUGGAUGGUCGGGUUAUUGAGAAUGAUAUGUUCUGGGGAUACAAUAUGAGCUUUCAAGAUGGUGUUGUUCCAGAGACGCAGUCACCACAUGGACCUGCCUCUCCUAUGGAAGAUAGGCCAUCGAGCUCGGCGGUACCUGCCUUGCCUCCUACCUCCCAACGAGCACCACGUCCAAUCGCGAAAAUCAGCAGUGGUUCAUUGAUAUCUAGAAUGAGGCCUCGCCCGAGUAUGCUUGCCGUUGAUAGUCCGAUUCACGCUAGCCCGGUCGACGACAUCGUGGAUGAUCCUGAACCACCACUCAGUUCGAUUGAGCAGUUCAGCCCUCCGGAGAAGAGCAGCUCACGUGCUGUCGAACGAGUUAUCAUUAAGGCAAAAAGGGAUGUUCUUGAGCAGCCCAAUAACAGGAAUCCUAUGUCUCGCAAGGACGACCAAGUCUUACGUUUGCGCGGUCAGCGACUUGCUGAAGAGGCAGUUCGCCGUCGGCCCGAGGCUUCGUCAAGUGUUGCGGAGGUCAUUACUUCGAGGCCAAGCUCCAAGAGUUACGAUUGGCUUUUCACAGCGUCUCGUAGCCCGUCGCCUGCAGAAUCCCCUCAAGUGCCGCCUGAUACUGACUCGGUCGCACAGUCUGAUAUGCUAGAUCCUGGGGUUACGGCCGACGACUUGAGUAGGCAGAUGGAGGAUGCUUACGUUGAUUUUGAUGGUGGGCAACAGCCGGCAGAGGCUUUGUCCAUGGGUCGCCCCUUGCCUGGCCCGAAGCCCAAAGUUGGUCCUUUGCAGGAAGCUCGGCUGAAAAUAUCUCAGACUUCUCCAAACAAGUCUGCUACGAUGGAAUCCCCAGAUGAAUUCCCCCUUACAUCAACCACUCAGCGGGCUGACGUCGAUAGUCAAUCACAAGAACAUUCUAUCCAUUCAUCUCAAAUGAAGGAAUUGACGCUUGCACUUGAGGACAAGUCUUUACAGAUUGCAAAACUUGAACACGAGAAGUCUGACGUUGAAUUACGUGUCGCCGAACUUGAAGCAGAGAACAAAAAGCUGUCGGAAGCACACCAGCUGUCCGCUGCGCAGUUGGAUGCGGCAAUAGAAGAGACGCGCGAAGUACGAGUCCAGUUUGAACAGGAAGUAUCGACGUUGCGCCGGAAACACGCUUCGUACAUAUUCGAAAUGGAGACCAAGGUGGACACACUCAAGACGAGUGUGGACAAACUGCGGCAUGCCCAGGAGUCCGCCGAGAAGGAGCGAGAGUUGUUUCGCGAGUUUUAUCGGAAGGCUUCUGCUCACGCUUCUGAGGUUGGGACAGAAAAAGCGGAACUCGAGCGUCAACACAAUGUGACCACAGGGCAGCUCAAAGAAGGACUCCCUAUGCUCAAAAGCAUGUAUGAAGAUCGCCUCAAGAAGUUGCAAGAGGAGCUCGACAAAUGGAAAGCGCAAUGCAAGGUUCUCACGGACAAGGAUGAGAGGACGAACGAUGAUGUUCGCAGGAAAGCCGCACUCGAAGCUGUCCUGAGGGAUGAAAAUGAGUCGCUGAAACUCGAGCUGGAGCAAUUGCGAACUGCUGCUGAUGCGCAGCCUCAGCCUCAGCCGCAACCUGUGACACCGCCCGUGGACGGCGAGCCUCUAGAGCUUGGCGACGCUACGUGCGAUGGUGAUCCUCCUGCAGAUGAGUCAGAACAGUUAGUGUAUCUGUGCGAAUAUGUGCCCGACGCGUCUUCGCAUAUGUGCAACGCGCACUUCUGUAGCAGUGAAGAGGUCGUGCAGCACGCUUUGAACGAGCACUAUCCGGAACUGAAGGAGAUCACAGUCUAA